AUGGGUUGCUGCAACUCAAAAGUUGACUCUCCAGAGAAAAAGCCAAACCCAAGUCUUCCUCUUCCCAAGGCUAAAAAAAGCUUUAGUAAAGCUGACUUCGUUUCUCAAAAGAAAGGCUCAGCCGAAGAAUAUUAUACAGUCUUGAAAAAGUUAGGAAGCGGAGGCUUUGGGACAGUUUAUCAAGUUAUAGAUAAGCGGACAGGCAUAGAAAGAGCCAUGAAAGAGCUGCCGAGAUCUAAAAUGACUCAAGAAGCAAGUGUCCAGAUGCUUUCUGAGGUCGAAAUUUUACGUAACUUAGACCAUCCUAAUAUCAUGAAAGUUUAUGAGCUUAUCGAGUCAAAAAAAAGUUAUUUCAUUAUAACUGAGUUUUUAUUAUUUUCUAUAAUAAAUAGGCUAAUUUUAAUAAAUCUUCUAUAAAUAUAUAUAAUUGCAGUUAGGCAAUGUGGCGACACGUUGCUGUACUGCGACAAGAAAAAAAAGAAUUCAGAAUUUGGGGUCACAAAUUAAAAAAAGUGGCCCCGAAGGGCCACGGGGUUGCUGACGGUGAUUGUCCGGGGUGGGUGUUGGCUUGGGCUGACUGGGCCUCUCCUCGGCCCACAGGCGAGAAGACCGACGGCGCAGUACCAAUCGGAUACUUCUGGAGGAGCAAUAUGAUGCCUGCAAAUGGCAAGGGUAGUUCCAGAAGAAGGCACGGGACGGUCCCUCAUACCCUGAGCACUACCAGGGGUUAAGAGAGUCCUUUGCUGCAAUUUUUGGUCCAGCAGGUUCGGGUGAGUCUCCCCGAAAGAUGGCAACGUCAUUAAAAAUGGUGACGUCGACAAAAAAGGGCGUUAGGUGGCUUUAGUGACUAGCGCCACAUGAAGCGCGAAGCUGAAGUUCGACUGGCUAGGGCUGAAAUAAACCCCGGUUAACCUCUCUAAUCUAAAUCUCUCUCUCUAUAAAUAUACUUAUUUAUCGUAAAAAUAUAUAACUGGCGGCGAUUUGUUUGAUAAAAUUGUGAAAAAGCAAAACUUAAGUGAAAAAAUCGCAGCUGAAUAUGCAUAUGGGUUUAUGAGUGCUAUUAAUUAUUGCCAUAAAAAUGGUAUUGCCCAUAGAGAUUUAAAGCCUGAAAAUCUGCUGCUUGAAAGCACAGAGCCAAAUGCCAAAGUAAAAGUUAUUGACUUUGGAAUUUCUCAAAAAAUCCAACCAAACCAUAAGCUUAGACAAGCUGUUGGGACAAUUUUUUAUAUGGCGCCUGAGACUUUUGUAGGGUCUUAUGACGAAAAAUGCGAUAUAUGGAGUGCUGGAGUUAUUUUGUAUAUGAUGCUUUGUGGGUCUCCACCGUUUUAUGCUGAAAAAACUGAAGAUAUGCUUCAAAUUAUUAAUAACGGCAAUUUAUAUAUUGUUAAAUUAAUCUUGACUAUCGCAAUUCUUAUCUAAGAGCAUAUUAAAUACAAUAAAAAAAACUAUUAUUUACAGAUAAUUUCAAUAUAAAUAAUUAUAGAAUUCAAAGAGCCAGCUUGAAAAUCAAUAUCAGAGAACGCCAAAGACUUAAUCAGAAAUAUGUUAUCUGUAGAUCCAGCACCAAGAUAUAGCGCUGAACAUGUAUUAAACCACGCUUGGUUUAAAAGCUACAUCAGCGAUGAGCUUCCUCAGACUAAACUCAGCAUUGAAGCUUUAGGAAACCUCAGCAAAUUCCAUGCCCAAGGCAAACUUGAAAAAUCCAUUAUGACCUUCAUAAGCUCACAAAUAACUAGUAUCCAAGAAGACCGAGAAUUUGCAGAUUUAUUCAGUAAGAUGGACAAAAAUAAGGACGGAAAACUGAGCCAAAGGGAAAUUUUUGAUGGUUAUAAAGAGCUAGGGAUCACAACACCGCCUGGAAUAUCAGAAAUUUUGAAGAAAAUCGAUAGUGAUGGAAGCGGUUUUUUAGAUUAUACUGAAUUUGUGACAGCUUCUAAGGACUGGAAGAAAGCUUUUGAGAAAAAUGAGCUUGAAAGUGCCUUUAAAAUCUAUGACCAAGGAGGAGAUGGCAAACUAUCACUUAAAGAGCUUAAAGAUAGUAUCCCUGAUAUAGAAGAGUCUGAGUGGGGAAAAUUUUUAGCUGAAGCUGAUGAGAAUGGGGAUGGGCUGAUUGGCUUUGAAGAGCUAAAAAGCUAUUUAAUGCAAAAAGCAGCUUAA